AUGUCGAAGAAAAGAACCCUUAACUUCGUAGCGCUGAACAACAAGAACAAAAACCACAUUAAAAAACUGAGGAAUCAGGAGAACCAUCUGCAACCCAAUUUUGUGGUAAUUGUUGUGUUCAGUGCGAGCUACAUCUUAAAUAUUUCGUUGUAUCUUGCGUGGAUCGAACAGCAAAUAAACCGGACUAUGGCUAUGUUAAACUAUAAAGCUGUUAGUCCACCCAACAAAUGGAAAUGCAGGAAACCAAGACAUACUUACUAUUUUCCUAAAAUCAAGACCAUAUUCACAGGCAUCCCCAAAUCCGGGUCUUCAAACUGGAAAGAGUUCCUAAUGAGAGCGGAAGGUACCUUAAACAUGAGUUUAGGACCAAGUCAAGUCAAUACCAUUCACAAGUUGUAUUCCGAUGAGUUCCGGUUAGACGCUCAUUCAAAUGCUGCUGACGUUAGGAAGGCAGUUAAAAGAGGUGAAAAUAUUUUCAGUUUUGCAGUGGUUCGCAACCCCUGGACCAGGUUAGUCUCUGGGUACAGAGACAAACUUUCCGGCGAGGCUACACCUGGGAGACCUGCUUUCAGAGGAUUAGCCCGGAGAAUAGCACAUGAGAUGAACCUGCGAGAUAACAUGACCAAUAGCGGAACACACCCCACUUUUAACCAGUAUCUGAGAUGGCUGGUGGACAAUCCUAAUAAGUUAAACGACCACUUUACACCCCAGCACCUCCAACUGUGCAUCCAUUCAGCUAGAUACGACUACGUCAUACCUUUGGAGUACAGCAGUGUGCUUAACAAGGACAUUAACCAGAAGAUAAACACUACUCUGCAGCUGUCUGGUGCAUAUGACUCUGUUAGUGAUCCUAGAUUGCAGUCCUCGGCUGUUCUGUCCAGGGAGUGGCUAUCUCAACAGGAUCACCAGGUCAUUGAUAGGUUGUACCACAUUUACAAAGCGGAUUUCGCUUUAAUGGACUACAGCAACUUCUCCCACCCUGAUUUUCCUUUACCGAUGCAUAGAAAGUAAAAUAAGUUCCUUUGCUCACUUUGGCAUGAAGAAUAUUUUGGCAUGUAUACUUUUAGGCAACUUUGGG